AUGAACUACGUGGGGCAGCUUGCUGAAACAGUCUUCGUCACGGUGAAGGAGCUGUACCGGGGUCUGAACCCUGCCACUCUGACAGGCUGCAUCGAUGUGGUCGUGGUGAGGCAGCCGGAUAACUCCUUCCAGUGCUCUCCAUUUCACGUGCGCUUUGGGAAGCUGGGUGUGCUGCGCUCCAAGGAGAAGGUGGUUGACAUUGAAAUCAAUGGGGAGCCUGUGGACCUGCAGAUGAAGCUGGGUGACAAUGGAGAGGCCUUCUUUGUCCAGGAGUCGGAGGAGAACGAGGACAGCAUCCCCUCCCACCUCUGCACGUCCCCCAUCCCCAGGGAGGAGAGCCCAGAGGAUGCUGCUCAGCCUUCUCAUGGGCAGGAGACCUCCAGCACUGAAGCAACCCUGCGCAAGAGGAGGCGGCGCAGGAGGAAGCCCAAGCAGAAGGAGGUGUCGGACUCAGAGUUAGAAGGCUGUGAGGAGACCAAAAGCGAGAUGUCCAUGGAGGAGCCAUGCAAGCUGCCAGCCCCCAGAAAGCCAGUGGAAAUGGUGAAGCUGGGUAUUGCCAGCCUUUCAGGAUCCACCAAAAGAAGUCCUCACUUGGGUCCCAGUGAUGUUUACCUGGAAGACCUCUCCAACCUGGAUGAGGAGCAAGCGGCUCUCUAUUUCCCCAGGAGUGACACAGAACAGAGUUCAAAGCCUGUGGCAGACCCUAGCAACGCUCUGUGUGUCCAGCUGCCAUCUGACUUGCCUGCUGACAGCCCCACGGACUGUGAUGCUGAUUUGAUGCCUGCAAUUGCCCUGUCACUGUGUGGAGGCCUGGGGGACAGCAGGCAGAUCUCUCGUGAGAAGUUCAUGGAGCACAUGAUCUCCUACCAGCAGUUUGCUGAGAAUCCAGGACUCAUCGAUGACCCCAACCUGGUGAUACUGAUGAACAAGAAGUAUUACAACUGGGCAGUGGCUGCUCCCAUGGUCCUGUCUCUGCAGGCUUUCCAGAAGAACAUUCCUGAGAGCACCAUUGAUCGACUGGUGAAGGAGAAGAUGCCCAAGAGAGGCAGCAGGUGGUGGUUCUCCUGGAGGAGGACAGAAUUCCCGGUGGAGGAGCAGUCAAGGCCGGGGAAAGCCAACGUGGGGAUGCUGCAGCACGACUCUGCUCAGCAGAGGCAGGAAGAGGUGGUGUUCUCCAGUGAUGAUGAGCCCCUGCAUGCUGAGGACAUGUUUGCAGUAGAUGCCCCUGCACAGAAAUCUCAGCCGACCUACAAGAAAUCUCUGCGACUCUCCUCUGAACAAAUUAGAAGGCUGAAUCUGCAGGAUGGCCCUAACGAGGUGGCGUUCAGUGUCACGACUCAAUACCAGGGUACAUGUCGCUGUGAGGCCACCAUCUAUCUGUGGAACUGGGAUGACAAGGUGGUGAUCUCGGACAUCGAUGGCACCAUCACAAAGUCGGAUGCUCUUGGGCACAUCUUGCCACAUCUAGGAAAAGAUUGGACUCAUCAUGGGAUUGCUAAACUCUUCCACAAAAUCCACCUGUAG